AUGGGUACAGCCGCAAGUAAUAAGAAAGUGACACAAUACGACACAAUUCGACAAUUGCCAACAAUAGACCCCCUGAGAAGACAACCUCCGUUGCAGCCAACUCAACGAGUUCCGAAUUCUUUGCCACGUUCGCCAACAAUACAUAAAUCGCAACACAAGUCAAGACAACAAGAUGAAAUAAUGUGGCCACUACCACCAAAUGAAUACGAUGGAAAGUUUAAGGCAGCUUGGCCCGAGGAUGAGAAACGGUAUUCAUUAAAAAGAGCAUAUGAUGCGAAGUUACCACAGAUAUCAGAGUGGACCGCCACAACAACAACAACUACACGAAUCACGAAAUCUGAUUCAAAAGAAACCAGUACUAGCCAAUGGAACAAAGUAAAUUCUUGUAUUUAUGAUUCGGCCCAUGUUCAAUCGACAUUGACAGCCCAAUCACAUUCGCUCAUUAAUUUAUCAACAGCCGAAGAAGUAAGCAAGCUCAUGGUUAAUCUCAACAACGCCCAUAGGCGACUUGAUGGAAUUGUCAAAGAUCGACUGCAAAUUAUAUCAAAAGAAACAGAAAUAAUAAUCGGACAAAUCACCACCGACACACAUGAUAUACAAUUAAGUCUUUUGUCAUUUGCCAAAGCACGGCAGUCACAACAAGACGAGUUAUAUCGCGAGUGGCUGCAAAAAUAUGUUGUCAUAUUGGAUGGAUGGAAGUCGGCACGGUUAGCUAAAUUGCAAGAGGAACUGCAAGAAUAUCAGAGAGCAAUAAUCACUUAUUCGCAAAGAAGAAUUUCAUCUGUCAAUACUGAAGCGAAUAAAAUCAAGUCACUAAUUUUGAGGGAAGAGCAAGAGAAGGCAUCGCUUGAAAUCAAUGCCUUGAUGGCGCAAAUCGAAUCGCUUUCAACACAUCAAAUACUUCAACAUAUAGGCAGCGAAACAAUGACGAAUAUGAAUCUAACCAUACUCGCGAAUGUCGGUAGAAAAAUGCCUGGACAAGGCGCUGCGUUCGACUUUGAUCAGCACGGCACCAUUGGCGGGAAACAAGACGGUACAGUCAUUCAACCGAUGGAUAGGCAUCCACCGAAGCCGCACACAUACGACAAAGUCCAAGUGAAUGCUAUAAAAGCAAGAGCUAUUGUACGUAAUAAGUCCGAACAAAGUGAAGCGAGAACUAGCGAAAGCGAAGAUGAUGACAAUUCUCAGUAA